CAGUGUGUAAUGCCAGGAAGUCCAGACAGUUUGCUUUUGCCACCGAAUAUAUUCAAUGGACGAGGAACCGGUACGUGCGAACGCUUUACUGCGCCUUUGUCACUUUUACAACUGUUAGUUGUCGGUCGUGGUAACAAAAACAAAAAAAAUCUGUUCACGUUAUUUAAACUGGUUAUAAAGUUGUUCAAUUGUGUUUCUUUCGAGCGACACUGGACGAGACGCUGACUUUAGAGUGGUCAGUGUAUGGCUAUUUUCCCAACCCUCCCAGUUUGAAAUCCAUAAUCGCGUUUCUGACAUUUUGAGUCUGACAUGGCAGAUUUAACAUUACAGCACCUGCCUGCGGGCCGGUUGGAGGGGGACAUCCUGGACCCGGAGUUCCAGCAGCGGCUGGAGGACGCACGCACCCUGCUGAGGCAGGAGAUCCAGCGGGAGCUGAGGAUCAAGGAGGCGGCCGAGAGACUGCGGCGGGCCGUUACUAACCGUAAGAGCGCCGCCGAAGUGGAGGGCCAGCUGAGGGCGUCGAGCCGCAAGCUGGAGCAACUGCACUGGGAGCUGCAGGAGCUCAACACCCGUGCCAUCACCCCCAAGCCCCAGAAGGACAGCCCCACAGCAGAUGACAGCAUGUCGCCUGACCCAUGUCGCUGGGAGGAGGUGACAUCCCCGCUUGCCGGGCGCAUCUGUGCCCUGAAGAAACAGCUCACCAUGGAGACCAAGGUGAAGCAGGGGGCCGAGAACAUCAUCCAGACUUACGUCAGCAGCUCCGUCAAGGACCGUAAGAUGCUGUCCAUGGCCCAGCAGAUGCUUCAGGACAGCCGCACCAAGAUUGAGCUGCUCCGCAUGCAGAUUGUCAAAGUCACCCAAGCUAGAGAGGGGGAGCGGGAAGCCACAGAGACAGAUGGCCGUCCCUCUGAGACGAUCAGUCCUCUAGAGCUGCGGGUGGCUGAGCUACGGCACCACCUGAAGAUCGAGGCUGCAGUGGCAGAGGGGGCCAAGAAUGUGGUCAAGCACCUGGGCGGGCGCAAAGUGCAGGACCGCCGAGCGCUGGCAGAGGCCCAGACAAGGUUGCAGGAGUCGUGCCAGAAGCUGGACCUGCUGCGUCUGUCUCUGGAGCGCCGUCUAGCCGAGCUGCCCGGGGACCACCCCAAACUGUCCAUUAUCAAGGAGGAGCUCACACUGGGUGCUUCCUCGCCCUCCCUGGGUCUGCAGCUGGAGCGCCUCAACUCCACCUCUUCCUGUUCGUCGUCCUCCUUCUUCAAACCUGCCACUCUCACAGGUCGGUUGGAGGUGCGUCUGAUGGGCUGCCAGGACCUGCAGGAGUCAGUGCCGGGUCGGUGCCGCAUGGCCUGCGUCACCUCCACCCCCGGCAGCCCCUCCGAGGCAAAGUCCCUGAAGAUGAGGGCCGGUCUAUCCGGACGCAGCACCAACGGCAAAAUCACCAAGACCGAUGAGCUCUCCACGGAGAUCAGUGCGGUGCUGAAGGUGGACAACAGGAUGGUGGGCCGGACACACUGGAGAGCCCUGAGCAAGGAUGCCUGGGACCAGAGCUUCAGCAUCGAGCUGGAGCGGUCCAGGGAGCUGGAGAUUGGGGUGUACUGGCGGGACUGGAGGGCUCUGUGUGGUGUCAAGUUCCUACGUUUAGAGGACUUCCUGGACAACCAGCGCCACGGCAUGUGCCUUUACCUGGAGCCCCAGGGCAUGCUGUUCGCUGAGGUGACAUUCAUCAACCCUGUCAUUGAGUGGCAUCCUAAACUUCAGAGACAGAAGCGCAUAUUCCCUAAAGAAAAAGGGAAGAAUUUCCUGCGGGCGGCCCAGAUGAACAUGAACUUUGCCACGUGGGGGCGUCUGAUGAUGAGCGUCCUGCCCCCCUGCAAUGGUUCCUUGCAGGCCAUGAGCCCCCCACUGGUGGGCUCUGACAUGGCCAUCACCUCGCCCCCCUCCAUGGAGAAGAUGGCCAAGUCCACCCCCCCUCUGCUAAGAGAUUCUGCUGUGGUGAAAUUGGACUUCAGUGAGGAACGCCCCACCAAGGCCCUGCAGAACAAUGUGGGGAAAACUCUCGCAUCAGAAUCCAUGUGGCAAACCACGCUCUCUCAGUCCUCCAAAGGUCAUUCAACAGAGGAUAACAGGCCAACGCCCAAGCCAAAGACUGUAUCUCAGCCCAGUGCUAAGAGGAAAGUGAGUGGUGGGAUGCAAAUGGAAGAUUUCAACUGCAUCUCGGUUCUGGGGCGAGGACACUUUGGAAAGGUCUUGCUGGCAGAGUUCAAGAGGUCAGGCAAACUGUAUGCCAUCAAAGCCUUGAAGAAAGGGGACGUCGUGACGCGUGAUGAAGUGGACAGUCUAAUGUGUGAGAAGAGGAUCUUCGAGACGAUCAACUCCUCCCACCAUCCCUUCCUGGUGAAUCUGCACGGCUGUUUCCAGACGGCGGACCACGUGUGCUUUGUGAUGGAGUACUCCCCCGGGGGAGACCUCAUGACCCACAUACACACCAGCAUCUUCACUGAGAGACAGGCUCAGUUCUAUGCCUCCUGCGUGCUGCUGGGACUAGAGUUUCUGCACCAGAACAAGAUAGUUUACCGGGAUCUGAAACUAGACAACCUGUUGAUGGACGCAGAUGGCUAUGUGAGGAUAGCAGAUUUUGGAUUGUGCAAGGAAGGUAUGGGUCAUGGAGACCGCACCUCCACGUUCUGCGGCACGCCAGAGUUCCUAGCCCCUGAGGUGCUGACAGACAGCAACUAUACCCGCUGUGUGGACUGGUGGGGCCUGGGUGUCCUCAUCUAUGAGAUGCUGGUGGGAGAGUCUCCCUUUCCUGGUGACGAUGAGGAGGAGGUGUUUGACAGCAUAGUGAAUGAUGAGGUGCGCUACCCCAGGUUCCUCUCUCCAGAGUCUGUCUCCAUCACCCAGAAGCUACUACAAAAGAACCCUGAGAGAAGGCUGGGAUCAGGAGAGCCGGAUGCCAACGAGGUCAAGAAACACAGGUUCUUCCAGGGAGUGGACUGGGCGGCCUUGCUUCACAAAAAAGUGGUUCCUCCGUUCAUCCCGCGCAUUAAGAUGCCGGGGGACGUCAGUAACUUUGACGAGGAGUUCACAAAGCUCAAGCCAGUCCUCACCCCCCCACAGACACCCUACUUUCUCACUGCAGACCAACAGGAGAUCUUUGCAGAUUUUUGACUUUUCCUCUCUGCACUGACCUUUUAAACAUACACUGACGGAUGGACAGACAGGACUGAAAGCCAAAACGGUUGCUGCUCCACUGAAGAUGUUUCCUUUACUUCACUGUGUCAAACGGCUACCUGUGGCUGAAUGAGUACUGACGACACAGGCUACCGUGAUGUCCUCUUCAGGGUCCUUACUGUUCGUAUGCUCUGUGGCUGAAUGAGUACUGACGACACAGGCUACCGUGAUGUCCUCUUCAGGGCCAUUACUGUUCGUAUGCUCUGUGGCUGAAUGAGUACUGACGACACAGGCUACCGUGAUGUCCUCUUCAGGGCCAUUACUGUUCGUAUGCUCUGUGGCUGAAUGAGUACUGACGACACAGGCUACCGUGAUGUCCUCUUCAGGGCCAUUACUGUUCGUAUGCUCUGUGGCUGAAUGAGUACUGACGACACAGGCUACCGUGAUGUCCUCUUCAGGGCCAUUACUGUUCGUAUGCUACUGUGGCUGAAUGAGUACUGACGACACAGGCUACCGUGAUGUCCUCUUCAGGGCCAUUACUGUUCGUAUGCUCUGUGGCUGAAUGAGUACUGACGACACAGGCUACCGUGAUGUCCUCUUCAGGGCCAUUACUGUUCGUAUGCUCUGUGGCUGAAUGAGUACUGACGACACAGGCUACCGUGAUCUUAUCUUCAGGGCCCUUACUGUUCAUAUGGUCUGUGGGUGAUGAGAAUUCCACCUGUACCUCUACAGCCAAUCAGAACUGGGAGCUCGGCCUGCCUUGUUGAAAUCUGGAUUGGUAUGUCAGUGUCUCUGUUGGUGUUCAACAUUGACUUUUAUUACAACUGUACUUGUUUUUUUUGUUUUUCCUUUGAGGUUCCCACUCCAUAUUGAUAGUAUAUCAACUAGGUUCGACAUUGAUAUUGCCAAAUCAAUACUUGACAUGCCACUGUUUUGGUGCUGUCAACAAUAAUCAAUUGGCCAUUUUGUUGCACUUUUGUAUUCAUUUGUGAAACUAAAUUAAAGAGUACUUUGUUUCAAACAUUGCACCAAUGCAAUAAUGAGUUUUUAAAUUGGUUCUAAUUAGAAGGUUAUGCAUGACCAGCACCUCCUAACACUACACUCCAAUCAUAAGAAUCUUUGCUGUAAAUGAAGAUAGAAAAAUAUAUUUAUUGUAAACCCACUGCUGUUUUGGAUCUAACACUGAUUGUAGCGACUGAUGUUUGUAUGUUUAGCCUGGGAAUCCAAACUGAAUCGCCAUUCAUUCCUUGGCUAGUUUAUGUUAUCUUAAUGGAGGAAACGGUCCCUGAAGCUGUUUAAAAAGUGUAUUGUGCUACUUUGUAAUCAACCUAUUCCAUGGGUCCAUCUUGGGCAGGUUUAGGCCAUUGAAUGUCAUGUUGAAACUGACAUCAUCCUGAAGUAUUUUUCAAAAAAAAAAAAAAAAUAAUUGUAAGUAAACUUUUUUGGAAGGAUUAUAGUUUAAGUAUUCCUAGGGAGUCAUUUUCAUUCCAUUCCAGUAACGAGUAUGUUGCCAUUUAUAUAUUGUAUUUCAUAUGAAUAUACAUGCUUUAUUACUAAAAUAUAUAUGCUGUGAAUUACAAUGAAAAAGAAUGUGUCUAGAGAUGAAACAAGUACGUUUUUCUUUACAAUGCAUGAAGGAAAUGUAAAUUAAUAAAUAUAUCUACUGGACUCUUGAAGCAUUUUUCAGAAAUAAA